UAGGGACUUUUCCACACAUCUUCUCUUUAUUUUGCUUAAAGCAUUAAGGCAAUGUAAUGACUCUGAAAAGCUAGAGCUGGCAAAACCUGUUCACUCCCAUUCCAUGACUGUGAUUAUAUUAAUAUGUAAACAUAACUGUAACUUAACUGUAAAGUUAGUGUACAUGCUCCCUCGAUCACAGGGAGUUUCCAAACAAACUAGUUAAGUUAGCUUCUUUUUUUUUUUAACCUUUUUUACCUUGAAAUACCAAUUUGCUAAUAAUGUACACCGAUGCUAAUAAUGUAAGUUUUAGGUUCAAAAUUCUGUGAAAAGCCCGGAUUGCUUUACAGCAGUACCAAAUGCCCAACAAGUACAGCAAGAGAUUGUUUUAAAUGAAACAUGAGAUUGAGAUUGAAAAAUGCUGCCUUUGGAAGAUGCACUCCAAGUCAGGAAAACAUCAAGCCACUUCUGAAUCCAAUGUUAGCUUCACUUCCUGUCUCCUGAGAUGCCUCAGUUUGACCAUUUUUUGAAGGCAGAUGUAUCCUUGACUUCCUUUAAUAUCCCACAAUCCUAUUCCAUGACAGUUGAACUAAAAAAAAUAAAAAUGGUGUCUGAAAGUUGCGAUUGGUGGUCAGUUUGUGACCAAUUUUUUCACUUUUGAUGUCAUUUCUAGCAAGAAAUUAGUGUUGUAGUAAUUAAAUAUUUGCUAUUCUCUCUAUUUUGGUUGUAGAUCAUAAACCUGUUAUGAUGCCUUAAAAAUGUGUCCGAACCGAUUCAUGAGACACCAUCAUGCACAAACGCUGCCUGCAAAGUCAUUGUCUGCUAAACAGAGCUGGGUAGAUUACUUACAAAUUGUAAUCCGUUACUGAUUCCGGAUUACAUGACAAAAAUUGUAGUCAGUAAUGUAAUCCAUUACAUUACACAUUUUAGGUAAUAUAAUCAGAUUACUUUUAGAUUACUUUUGAUUUAACUUGUUUAUCAAAUUGAUUUAAAUAGCAUUAUCUUGUACCAUAAUGAUGUGAAAAAUGCAAAGAGUAAGAAAACUUGUUCCAUUCAUUGUAAUUUACAACAUGAAGUGCAUUAAACAUUAUCAAGAUUUCCCAAACCAGGGUUCGUAAAGGAAUUGCAGGGGGUUUGUGAGUUUAAUGAAAAGCUGACAAUUAAUUAAAUCAUAAAAAAUUUAAAUGAAAAUAAAUCAUUUUAAAACAAACUCCCUUUCGAGGAAAUUCUCUUCACUCUGUGGCCAUAUUUGCAACACCUCCGGGCAGCUCGUACAAGACCUAUCUUAAUGAAUGGGGGAAUCCUGAAAUCUCAAAAACUGCUCGCUGAACUCACAAUUAAAUUAUUACAUAUGUCAAAUCAGCAACAAAAAUCUUAAAUUAAUUGCCCCAUGUUGUUUUUUAUGCUCAAAUAGACUUUAAAAAAAUUAAUUUUUUGAUUGUUUUUUUUUCACAUCUCGAAAAUGUGCAAACUGAAUAAAAAUAAAUAGCUACUUCACACUGGAGGUAAACAUGUUAAACAUGCAAGUUAAAAUAUGCUUUGAAAUGAGCAGCAGGAAAUAUAUAACCACUAAAAUAAUUGAAUCCGCUAAAUUAAUUGAGCAGCUCAUUACCAUUUUUACCAUUUUUCUUAAUGUGACAAAUACGUCACAUCAAGAUUCCACCUACUUUUAUAAGGUUAAGAGCCCGAUGUGACAUGUGUGUCACCACAAUAUCUUUGUAACUUGUUUUAUAUCAGUUUGUUCAAGAAAUGUAUUAAAAUCAGGUUAAGAGUAAUCUAGGGGUUGAAACAUACCUUUAGUAACAAAAACAAGCAUUUUAACAAUUGCUGAUACUGCAACAUAUGCUAACCAGACAGGACGCCAUUUUGGAAAUGUUGCCAUGGCAACAAAAAUGCACACAUCGUCACAUGACUGAACCUGGAUGUUCAUUAUAUGUCACUUAGGGACUUCCUGAGUUGAAAGUGAGGGAUAAUGCUUUAAAAAGACCUUUUCAGAUAAUCACCAGUGUUUGUGACACUCGCGUCACCGUGGGUUCUUAUGGGUUAAAAAUCCUUGUAUAUAUAUAUAUAUAUAUAUAUAUAUAUAUAUAUACUGACUUUAUAUUAAUGCAAUACAUGUAAUGACAAUCAUCUGUGGUCUCCCAGUGGUUUACAUUAUGCACAGUUUAGCAUUAUGUGAUUCAUUUACAACAAAACAAAAAACAAUGCCUUCAUCUCCAAAAUCAUCUUUUUUUGUCUUGCAUUACAGUGCCAUGUCAUUUUCAGCUAAUUAAUUAUUUCAUGAAGUUGAAUUUGUGCAAAGGAUUGUGGGUGAUUGAAGGACAUGAAGGAUACACCUGAUGCAUCCUUCAAAAUAGUCCAAACAAAGGAUGUGAAACUAAAACUGUCUACCAAUGCCACAUUGGAGGCGUGGUCAGAAGUGGGAUAUCUGAGCUGAAAUGUCCUCCUACCUCCAACCUCAGUGAGUUCCAGUCAAUCACACGUCAUGUUCACGUGUAGAGUGAGUUAACACAAGAUCCCCAAAUGAAUGCAACUCUUGAUGGAAAUAAAGGUUGUGAUGUUGAAAGAAAACCACAAUGAAUGCACAAUAUAUAUAUCCAACAAAUAGAGUGUGCAACUUUUAUAUAGACGGGCAGUGUAAAGUCUACUCCAACGCAUCUCCAAGUCUGUCAGUGGGGUUAAGGUGAGGACUCUGCUGUGGUCUGUCCCUCAGCCUGGUGAAUCUUAGUAUUGUCACCCUGGAACAUGAACGUGGGUCUUCCAACAUGGUUGUUUGAGAAAUAAAAGGAUACACACUGCAUCAUUCAGUGUUAAAAGAAUUGUUUCCUAACAUACAACAUGCAAGAAACAUAUAAAUUACUUCAGUAAUGAAUUAAUCUUAAAAUCUUUUCAUCUUAAAUGAUUCAAAUCCAGACAGCGACUUUUUUGGCCAGGCAAUGUUUGCACGACACGAUCUAUAAAAUGUGCAUAGGAUAUUCUAAACUUAACUUCUUAACUUCGUAAUUACCUUGCUGCGAACCGUUUCCGUGAUCUGAGCAUGCUGCAGCUUUAACACGAAACAUACAGGAAACUGGAAGCUCCCCCGCCCGCGACCUGCGGGAUCGCAGACAUUAAAAAGACUGAUGAUAAGAACAAGAUCUCUGUUAUCUGUCAAACUACAGUUAAGCUUGAACGUGUUCGGAGCUCUGUAAAUCAUUUAUUAAAAAUCCGUCUAGUCUACACAAAUCCCACAGGAUGGAUGUAAAGGAAUUCGGAGUAAAAAUACUCUGCUUUAUUUCCGUUCUCUCAAAUCACUCAGUGAAGGGAUAUGGUUCAAACUUGAAGUGUUGUUUUGAAGUUUUGACAAACCUCUCGGUUUCCUAUCAUCUCAAUGAGCCACCUGGAGCCUUCUGUACACCAACAUGGUCAGCAAUGGAAUACGUUGUGGUUGACGAACAUGGAAAUGUGGAUGAGACGAAGGUAGUGUAUCUUGAACCCCAGAAGUUAAUCCUCAAACAAACCCCAGAUGAGAAAGUCAUCACAUAUCGAAAGGACUGUCAACUGCAUGCUUACACUGCCAGUUGUCAUGAUCCUUGUAACGUUUUGGACCUGCUCAGAACUACUCCAGUGUGCAGCAUCCACUUGGAUGAUGCGACGGCAGCCACAGGACAACGGCGCCAGUGCGCUCACCACACACCAGCUACAGCCCCUCAAGCACCUGUUGAUCAACGCAUUAUCUAUAUCACUGGUGGUGUCGCCAUCAUAAUAAUCAUCAUCAUCAUCAUCAGUGUCAUCUGUCUCCGAAGAAAGUGCCAAUCUUCAAAUGUUACCUUUAGGUGGAUUUGGAAAGCAGUGCCAAAGAAUGAAAGCCCAACUGACAAAUAAAAAUCAAUUCAUGCUCGCUCAAAAUAUACUGAAAAAAAUGGUAACCUAAAAAUUGUAACAUCUACAUUUUUGGGGGGGUUAAACCAGGUAGAAACAGCUCUUUAAGGUAACAAUUGCAGGUCAUCAAAUUUUUACAGUAUAAGCAUGAGUGAGAGCUGUUUAUUAUGUAAUACAGCUGUGGAAGCUUAAAAAAUAAUACUAUUAAUUAUUGUUAUGAAUAUAUUAUAUUAUAUUACUCUUUAUAUCAGUCUAUAUUAUUAUCUAAUCAUUAAUCUAUAAAAUAUUGAAGAUUUAUAACAGAAUAUUAACACACUUGUUAACAUAAAAUAUCCAUUAGUAUAUAUGACAUUAUAUACAGAUGUAUUGUUGAUAUUAUUAUAUAGUAUUAUUAUCAUUAUCUAUCUAUCUAUAUAUAUAUAUCAUUAUUAUUAUGUAUAUACAGAUAAAAUAGCUAGAAUAAUGUGAAUCAGCGGGUUUUCUUAAUUACUUCAGUACUGGCAGGAGUUGUAGGUGGUGUGAGUGAAUGAACAGAACUCUCUUCCACCUUCAAUACCUACGACUGAGUGUGUUCAUGGUGUGUGCACUGGUUUGGGUGGUUUAUGAGACACAACAUGCAUAAUGGUAUGACAGAGGUAUUACAAUGUGAAGGUGGUUUACAAGGACACUGCCUUGGCCCCCUAAUUCAAAAGGCUUAAAAAUCAUACUAAAUGGUGUUUUUUGAAAAUCUAAAAAUGCACAAAAUUUUCUGUAAGGGGUAGAGUGAUAUAGAGUGAUAGAAAAUACAGUGUGUACAGUAUAAAAACCAUUAUGCCUAUGGAGUCCCCAUAAACCACCAAUACCAACUUGUGUGUGCACUUUGCACAUGCAUUUGUCAUGAUUUUCACUUUUCAUUUUUGCUUUCAUGUAUCAUCAACAAAUGAAGUGUUCAUUUGCAAAAACAUAUAACUCCAUCAUGUUUUUUCAUUGUGCAUUUCAAUUAAUCUCAAUCAAACUGCAGUUGGGUUAUUUUGAUUUGGUUAAAAAAUAACUAAAUACAGCUAACUACCACUAUAUAACACAAUAAAAACAUGAUAACAUAAUAAAAAAAACAUGAUUUUUGAAAAUUUAAGUUAUCUGUUUUCUGUCAAAUAAACUCUUCAAAUGCUUUUAAACAUGUUAAAAAUAUGACCUGAUGGAAAAUGAAGUUAUAAUCCAGUGUGCUUACUGGACUAGAUUGCAGGUUGUGAUGGGAGAUCGUGGCAUAUAUAUAUUUUGAACCAGUAAAUUUGAUUUCCCAAUAAAUUGAUGAAAAAAGA